GCGUGUGUCGUUUGCGCGCCGAACGAAAGUUAUAAUCCACGGACGGACUUCGCUUUUCGAAAUUGGCGGCGACGGAGGCAGCGCCGCCGCGUUCGAAAUUUCGGAAGUAGGUCGGAUCUAAUUUACUUUAUAGGUCUAAUUUUUCUCCACUAAACCUACUACUCGAAGAGAAGAUCGGAUCGUCUACGAAAUAAUUGGCGAAUUGUAGUUUAAGCUUAAGCAGGUAGAGGAAUUCCAGUUUUUAUUUUAUCAUUGAAUGCGACCACCACGUAAGACGAUACGCGUUGAACGCUAUUUAUACCGCGCCAGGGAUUUUGCGCUCUGGUAAAAGUAAUUCUAUAACGAGGGAAAUCGAAAAGAUCCAAGGAAGAGCAACAGCAGUAUAAGGGGUAGAAAAAGGAGCUUUAGGAGGAAAACCGGCUGAAAUAUGUCUCCACAUAAGCCAAACAAAAAAAAAGCAUCAAAGUUGGCGUCACAAAAAGCCCUAGCAACGCCUCCAUAGGCAUAACCUGCUAACUCCUGCCCACCGCAAGUGUGAAAAGGGUGGGGAGAAUGUCGCCCCGUGAUUGGCCGAGCCGUCGGUCCUGACACCAGUGAGCCAAUGGGAGAGCGUCUCUGUCAUUAACACACAGAGUGUUGGGCGCCAGAGCUUUCUUCUAUAGUCUUCGGUUACGCUUUCCGCGGAAUAGAGGUGUCGAGGUUCACACUCUUUAAAAGCUUCCCUAUUGUUGGCUAAAUCUUGCAAGACACCCUUUCGAACUUCGAACAAGCGCGCGUGAUGAACUGAACUGUGUUUGUGCGUUUUUUGUGCUAUUUUUGUGCUGUGCGUCGCCGAAGACGAUGUCGUCGCUUUGGAAAAGUGAAGGGAGAGUUACUGAAUUUUAGACGUUUGAUGUGGCGGUUUGGUGCUACCGCUGAAAUUAUACCAAACAAAUGCGUUUCGACACGGUGAUCGACACGGCUUUGGACACCAAAGUGAAAAGCACGAUGGCCUACCACCCCUUCCUGCAGUUACCGAGGCAAACAGACUUUAGCGUUAGCUCCCUGCUGACCGCCGCCAAUAAUAACUCAACGCCGUCGAGCACGUCGCCGGCGGCGCCCGGCUACUUCCCGGCGGCGGCGCUAGCCGCGUUCGGCGGCCAGAACCCGCACGGCUGCUACCCGGGCACGCUCAUCCCGAAGAUCAACCACCCGCACCCGCACCACCCGCUCACCGGUCACCCGUACACGACCGCCGAGGACGUCGUCCUGGCCGCGGUCGCCGCUCACAACCACCACCCGGCGAUGGUCAGACCGCUGCGUGCGAUCCAGCCGGAGGAGGACGGCGUCAUCGACGACCCGAAGGUGACGCUCGAAGGCAAGGACCUAUGGGAGAAAUUCCACAAGCUCGGCACGGAGAUGGUCAUCACGAAAAGUGGCAGGCGCAUGUUUCCUGCCUUCAAAGUCCGCGUCUCGGGUUUAGACAAAAAAUCCAAAUACAUACUCCUUAUGGACAUCGUUGCGACAGACGAUUGCAGAUAUAAGUUCCACAACAGCCGGUGGAUGGUCGCCGGCAAGGCCGAUCCGGAAAUGCCGAAGAGGAUGUACAUCCACCCCGAUAGUCCGUCGACGGGGGAGCAGUGGAUGCAGAAAGUCGUGUCUUUUCACAAGCUGAAGCUGACGAACAACAUCUCCGACAAGCACGGCUUUGUAAGUAUUAUUGUUGUCGAAGCGGCGGAUCACCUCGAUCCGUGUAAUUAA